AUGACGAUGGCUGGGCAAGGAGGAAGCAGAGGGGCCUGGCUGGGCGCUGCACUGCUCCGGGCAGAGCGGAGGGCUCGGCUGAGCAGGACAGAGGAAGGCAAAGGCCGGCCGACAGCCACAGCCAUGGCUGAGGACGAAAACAGGAGCAUCCAUACACAGCACAUCUCGGCCGUGCACAACGUGCCCAUGCGUGUCCUCAUCCGGCCCAUCCCGGCAGAGCUGGAUUCGGGAAAGGUGCAGAGCCUGAUGGAGACCCUGCAGGAAGAUCCUGAGCGGGUACCCCCCAUCGACGUGCUCUGGGUCAAAGGCAGUGAGGGCGGUGAUUAUUUCUACUCCUUCGGGGGCUGCCACCGUUUUGCUGCCCACCAGGCACUCCACCGGGAAACCAUCCCCGCCAAGAUCAUCCCCUCCACCCUCAGCGACCUCCGUACCUACCUCGGCUCCUCUACACCUCACCUGCGCUAGGCCAGAACCCCGAGGAUGCCCAGAAGCCCCUCUGUCCCUGUUGGUUCCGACCCGUGAGCCCUUGGUGAGGAUGUGGGCGGGGUCCCCAGCCCCGGCGUCCCUCCAGCCGGGAUGGGUCACAGUCCCCCAGACUUGGGGAGUCCCCAAGGUCCAUCCAGCCGGGAUGGGUCACAGUCCCCUACACGUAGGGAGUCCCCAGGGCUCAU